AUGGCGUCUUCAUCGGAAUCAGAUCUGCCUUGGUUUCUCAAGUCAUCCUCCCCCGUUCUCUUCCCCUUCGACGAUGCCCUGAGACUGCCACAGGCUGAGUUUGAAGAAUGUAUUCGUCAGAUGAUCGCCGGUCGACACAAGCCAUCUCUCUUGCACGAUCAGCGUGAGGCUCAUUUUGCUGCCAUGGCUGACGCUGACGCUGAUGAGUCCGAGACCUUCACUCUCGUCUCCGACUCGACCUCUGCCGAAAUCCGUCACGCCAUGAAGGCUGCCAAACUUUCGAACCAUGCAUCUCAAGACACUGACACUAUGCGAGGGUCUUCUCCUACCCAGGAGAUGGAAGUGGAAGAAGCCCAGCCUGUCCAGUCCAACCCUUUCAUGGAGGGCCUCAUCAACUACGACAACGAGAAGCCAUCUCGGAACCUCGAAAACAUGCUGUUCACAGAGAACGGCGAUCUCGCUUAUCGAUCCAGUCAGGACGCCCUUGUUGAUCUCUUCCAGGAACUCGAGGAAGUCGUCUCUGGUCCUCGCCUGAAGGAUCUCCUUACCCGAGCCUGGGAUGAGAACCCCCUUGCUACUCUCAGAAUCAUCUUCAACGCUCGCUCCAUCCAUCUGGGCAAGAGCUCUCGUACUGUAUUCUACCGCUGUACCGGUUGGUUGGCACAGAACCACCCUUUGACCCUCGUCGCCAACCUCUGCUGGCUGAGCCGCCCGGUCAUCAACAAGAAGGCCGAGAAGAAGGAAGACGAUGACCUUGUUCUCGUUGAGGAAGAGAACGAUGACGACUCUGCCAAGUUCGACGUGAAGAAUGGAGUGGCCCAUGGCUACUGGAAGGAUAUGCUUAAUAUCCUGGCCAUUGCAGCUAACGACAAGCUUACUGUCAUCGAUGAUCCCAAGGAGGUCCUCAACACCCAGAACCCUGGCAUUCUCCGCGGCAAGAGCAUCAAGAAGCCUCUUCAUCGCGACGGCCGCAGACUCCGGGGAUCUCAUCAUGAGGUCAUGAUAGGUGGAAGAGGUCGCGGUCGCGGUCGUGGCCGAGGCCGUGGCCAAGGAUCUCACUCAACUAGACAGGAGAUGAGAGAGCAGACUCGCGAGGUCGACCCCAAGGAACUCAGACGAGAAACCAGAGAGAACCGCCAUGAGACCGCCCGGGUCCUCUUUGAGACCGACCCUAUCUACCGCGCUCUACAUCUCACCAUUGCUCGGCUGUUCGCGGAACAGCUGAAAAGGGACAUCCUAGCCCUCCAAGGAGACGAAAAGGCCAAGCGCUCUAUCUCGCUGUGCGGCAAAUGGGCACCUUCUUCCGAUCACUUCCACGACAGACACACCUUCAUCGUCAGCACCAUCGCCGAGAUCCUGUACCCCCGAGCGUCCAUCUACCACCCGAUGCUGAGCCCAAGAGACGACCACGAGAAGUAUCUUCGAUUCGCCCGUGAGCAGUACCGCAAGGAUACAUCUGCCCUUCGAAAGCAGCUCGAUAUCGUCGAGCGAGACAUCACCGACAAGAAGUACGAAAACAUCAAGUACGACCGAGUUCCCUCCCUCGCUAUGAACCAGUACUCUAAGCUGUUCAUCGAGAACGAUGCCGAGCGCUUCGGUAAGUACCUUGACAAGGUUGCUGAAGGGAAGGUCAACAUCUCUGGAGCUACUCUUCUCCCCUCUACAUUGAUCCGAAAGGUUCGAAUGGGCAGUUCGGCUGGUCGAACCGGGGCCAACUCGCUUCUUGACCAGAAGGUCGCGCAGAUUGAGGCCAAGGUACUUGAUGGCCAGUGGAACACUCUCGUCAAGAGAAUCAAGGACUCGGGCACAAUGGACUCCUGCAUCGCGGUCUGUGAUGUAUCUGGCAGCAUGAACAGUCCUGUCUUCAGAGAUGAGACCACGCCCCUUGAUUCCGCCAUCGGCCUGUCUCUCCUCCUCGCAGAGGUCGCCAAGCCCCCUUUCGCCGGCACCUUCAUCACCUUCAGCGAGCACCCCAGAGUCGAGGAAGUCGACUUGACCAAGACUCUGAGGGAGAAGUACUGGGCCAUGCACAGAUCGGACUGGAGCAUGAGCACCAACUUCGUCUCUGUCUUUGAGGACUUGAUUCUCCCCAUGGCAAUCGAGAACAAGCUCAAGCAGGAGGAUAUGAUCAAGCGUGUCUUUGUCUUCAGCGACAUGCAGUUCAACCAAGCGAGCAACUCCAACUCCCACUACUACCGGAAGUGGGAUUCCAAGGGACCCUCAAGCUCAAACUGGUCUACCUCCUUCGAACGCAUCAAGGCCAAGUUCGAAGAGGCGGGUUACGAACUCCCCGAGCUUGUCUUCUGGAACCUCGCAGGCGGACGAGCAGGCUACACCGGAAGCGGUGGUGACCCAACGGCGCCCAAACCCGUCGAGGCUGAUGAGGAUGGAACAUGCCUCGUCAGCGGAUACUCGCAGGGCUUGCUGAAGGUAUUUUUGGAGGGAGGUGGUUUUGAGGAGGAGGAGGAAGAGGAGGUUGUUGACGAGAAGGACGACAAGGGUAACGUCACCCAGAAGACGAAGAAGGUGAAGAUGACGCCUCUCAAGAUCGUGCAGAAGGUGAUAAGCCACAAGGCGUACGAGAUGUUGAAGGUGGUGGACUAG